AUGGGAGAUAAAGAAAAGUUUGUUACUAAACUUGAAGAGAAAAAUUUGUCUUUAGAGAAUGAAAUUAAUAAGAAAAUUCACAAACUAAAUUCUGAUCAUGAGAAUGAAAUAAAAGAAUUAAAACAAACAUUUAAACAAUUAAUUGAUGAUAAAAUAAAAGAAAUUGAAGAUAAAUUUUUGGAAGAGAAGGGAAGAAAUGAAAAUGAGAAGAAAAUAAUUGAGGAGAAAAAUGGGUGUUUAGAAAAUGACAUGAAAAUUUUAAAAGAAGAAUUACAGCAAUUAAUUGAUGAAAAAAUUAAAGAAAAUACUAAUCAAAUUUCUGAUUUAAAUCAAAUUAUUGAACAAAAAGAUGAAAAAAUUAUUUCUUUGGAAGAAAAAUUUAAUCAGGUAUUGGAAAGUAGUUAAUUCUUAAGGCUGUCGGCGUGGCCACAUCAGUCCGGUCUAUGAAGAUGUAGAGAAAGAAUGGGAAUCUUUCUUCUCUAAUUAGGGUAGGUCUUAAAAAGGGUAGUCUGAAUCCAGCGACAGAGAGAUUGGGAAUAUUCUCUCUAAGGUUAAAACAAAAUAAAUUCUUUUCCAGACAAAGUUUAUUUAUUCACAAAUAAAAUAUAUUAAAGUAAGGUAGGCUUAAAAUUGCUAAUGUGAAGCAAGGAAAGGAAUAAUUGGUAAUAGGAAGAAUAAUGUAAACUGAACAUACGACUGAUCGGUAAUAGGAAAAGGAAUGUAAACUGAACAACUGAACGAAAAAUAGGAAAAGCGAAUAAGCAUAUAUACAAAGAAAUAUGGACACAGGAAAGAAAAUAUACAAGCUAAAGUUUAUGUUGAUAGAAAAGGCUGGGAAAAUUCUUUAGAUCUACAUAUUUAGAUAAGGAGUACAAAAUAAAAUGAUUUUAUGGAAAAUAAAUAAAAUUUAUGAGAAAAAUAAAAGUUAUAUUUCCGACUUCGCGAGACCCGUCGCGACAAAGAUGCUGGUUCAAUCCUAGCCGCCUAAUACUCUUUAAUACUAGCUGAAGGAGUUGA